GCCCGCCGCCGGCAGCUCGCCAUGGUGUCGUCUGCUCCGUCGAUUGGAAACCCUUUUCCGACGCUCGAUUUUGAUACUUCCGUGUUUAAGAAGGAGAAGGUCACUCUCGCCGGCCACGAUGAGUAUAUUGUGAGAGGAGGGAGGGAUUUGUUCCCUUUGUUGCCGGAUGCGUUCAAGGGGAUUAAACAAAUUGGCGUUAUUGGUUGGGGGUCGCAGGGUCCUGCUCAAGCGCAGAAUCUGCGCGAUUCACUUGCUGAGGCUAAAUCAGACAUCGUGGUCAAGAUUGGAUUGAGGAAGGGCUCACGUUCUUUUGAGGAGGCACGUGCUGCUGGAUUUACUGAAGAGAGUGGAACCUUGGGUGAUAUCUGGGAAACUGUCUCGGGCAGCGACCUUGUGCUAUUACUGAUUUCAGAUGCUGCACAGGCGGACAAUUAUGAGAAGAUCUUCUCUCACAUGAAACCAAACAGCAUCCUGGGGCUCUCGCAUGGUUUUCUCCUGGGCCACUUGCAGUCCCUUGGUCUUGAUUUCCCCAAGAACAUCAGUGUGAUUGCUGUAUGCCCCAAGGGAAUGGGUCCGUCGGUAAGGAGGCUUUACGUUCAGGGAAAGGAAAUUAAUGGUGCUGGCAUCAACUCCAGUUUUGCGGUUCAUCAGGAUGUUGACGGCAGGGCUACAAAUGUUGCUCUAGGAUGGUCAGUUGCUUUAGGUUCUCCCUUUACAUUUGCCACUACCUUAGAGCAAGAGUAUAAGAGUGACAUCUUCGGAGAGCGAGGUAUUUUGCUUGGUGCUGUUCAUGGAAUCGUCGAGUCUUUAUUCAGAAGGUACACAGAGAAUGGAAUGACAGAGGAACUUGCUUACAAAAACACUGUUGAGUGCAUUACUGGGAUUAUAUCAAGGACCAUUUCGACAAAGGGCAUGCUUUCUGUGUACAAUUCGUUCUCCGAGGAGGGGAAGAAAGAGUUUAAUGCUGCAUAUAGUGCAUCAUACUAUCCUUGCAUGGAUAUAUUGUACGAGUGCUAUGAGGAUGUUGCUUCUGGAAGUGAGAUUCGUAGUGUUGUAUUGGCUGGGCGACGAUUCCACGAAAAGGAAGGGCUUCCAGCUUUCCCAAUGGGCAAAAUUGAUCAAACACGGAUGUGGAAAGUCGGCGAGAAAGUUCGUGCUGUCCGGCCUAAAGGUGACUUGGGCCCUUUGCAUCCCUUCACUGCUGGGGUUUUUGUAGCUCUAAUGAUGGCUCAGAUUGAGGUUCUGAGAAAGAAGGGCCAUUCAUACUCAGAGAUAAUCAACGAAAGUGUCAUUGAGGCUGUUGACUCCUUGAACCCUUUCAUGCAUGCUCGUGGGGUUUCAUUCAUGGUAGACAAUUGCUCCACAACUGCCCGAUUAGGAUCUAGAAAGUGGGCCCCUCGAUUCGAUUACGUCCUCAUGCAACAGGCCUUUGUGGCUGUUGACAAAAACAUCCCAAUCAACCAAGAUCUCAUCAGCAAUUUCUUGUCUGAUCCGGUUCAUGCAGCCAUCGGUGUUUGUGCACAGUUGAGGCCUACUGUGGAUAUAUCUGUACCUGCUGAUGCUGAUUUUGUUCGCCCAGAGCUUAGACAAGCUAGCAAUUGAGUUGCACGGUGUUAUUUUUAUGUAGUUGGUGGAUUUCUAUUAGAGAGGGUGAAUUGAGGCCUUUAUUUAAGAAUUCAUAUUCUGUAUGUUUGUCAGAACAUUUGGUGAGUCUGUGUGAGGUUUUUUGACUGCCUUAAAAGAUCCUACGAAUAAUGUUAUGGGUUCAUCUCAUGCAUAUCGUUUCGAUAGCUA